AUGUCGUUGCAAGAAGCAAAUGGACGUCUUUUAGAAGCUCGAGCAAAGCAGAGAGAACUCAAAAGAAAAAUCGCAGAGAAAAAACGCGAGAAAGAGACAUAUGACGAAAAUACUUUGAAAAAGUUCCAAGCAAUCAAAAAUAAUAUUGCAAAUGCAAAAUUGAGUUCUAAAAAUACAGUUCUUCAAAACCAAAUGAAUACCAAGAUUACAGAACUUGCAAAUUUAACUUCAACUUUAGAUCAACUUAAUAAAAAAUGUGAAAAACAAGAAAUCGAAAAUAGAAACAAAUUAAACGCUUCUAAAGCAACUAUACAGUAUUACAAAGAUAGUAUUACAAAUGAUCAAUCAAAUGCACAAAGUUAUAUCAAUGAAAUUGAACAAUUAAAGCAAGAUUGUUCAAAAUUACAAAAUGAUAUCGAAACAACAAAUUCUAAAAUAGAAAUUGCACAAAAUGAAUACGAGGAGGCAAAAAAUUCUUAUGAACAGGCAUAUAUUAAAUUAGAAAAAAGAAAAUACUCAUUUAAUGUUAUUAAGAGCAUUAUUGGAGCAAAAAAGGACUCUAUUAAGAAUCUAGAAGAAACAAUGAGCCAAAUUUCGCAAGAAAGCAGCUUAACUAAUCGAGAUAACAGACAAAAAUUUGCAAAUGCAGAAAAAAGACUUAAAUUAAUUCAAGAAGAAAAAACCUCAACAGAAAAAGAUGUAAAAAAUCUACAAAACCUUAGAGAAGAUUUAGAAAAUGACUUACAGAUUUCAUCUUCUCAAUUAAAUAGAGUUUCAUUGCUGUUAUCGAAUUAUUUAGCCGAAAUCAAAGCUUCUAGUAACAUGGAACAAUGA